AGUACGAAGCAUAAUAUAACUGUGUUUAGAGCCGUUACGUACAUGGUGGAUUCGGAUUAUUCACCGUUCCUAAAGAGAUUUAUACUGCUUCCAGUCAAUCCCAAUUUCUCAGAAAAGCUGAUUUCUGAAGUACCUCCCAUCCUUUGCAAAGAACAUAUCGUCUGUUGUGAUGGUGGUGAGGGUGCACUAGGCCACCCGAAAGUGUACAUCAAUUUAGUAACGGCUAAAUCACUGCGUAUGGUCACCUUUCCCUUGCACCUCGCAAAAUACUCCCAUACGACCAAGCGUUUCGAAUAG